CUCCGGCACUCGGCUCAUCGGCGGCUCGCAAGCCGUGCGCAUGAACGCGCCGCGAGUCGGGGGUAGCUUCGCCGUCUGGGGUGGCCUCUUCUCCGCCUUCGACUGCACCAUGGUCUAUGUCCGCCAGAAGGAGGACCCCUGGAAUUCUAUCAUCGCCGGCGCUGCCACCGGUGGCUUCCUCCAGAUGCGACAGGGCCUCGGCGCCUCUGCUCGAUCGGCUGCCUUUGGUGGGGUCCUCCUGGCUCUGAUCGAAGGAGCUGGGAUCAUGCUUAAUAAGUUCAUGAGCCAGCAGCAGCAGAUGCCUAUUGUGAUUGAAGAGCCGGCGAGCGUGGCCGGUUUGCCUGGGCUUCCUCCUAUGGGCCGUGCUCCAGGUCAGCCGGGCUCGGAGCCGGCAACGUCGGUGAGCAGCAGCGGGGCUGAGGCUAGUUCGGGAGGGUGGCUUGGAGGGUGGUUCGGGAAGAGCAAGGAGCCUGAGGCUAAGAGUAGCGGAAGCGAGACAAAGAUUUUGGAGAGCUUUGAUGCCCCGCCCGUGCCCAGCUUCGAGUACAAGUGAUUGAUUGAUUGAUUUGGUGAGGAUCAAGGAAGGAUUUUGAUUAGAAGAAGGCUAAUUAGAUUGUAUUUAGGAAGGGGGUUGGUAUUGAACUGAGGGAUUUGGGAAAGUUUAGGUUUUUACUGCUAAAAUUUGCAUUGCACCUAUAUAUUAAUGUUGUGCUCUUUCAAUAUAUGCUUUUUCUAAAUAACCAAGAAGUUGUAGCUGUAUUAUAAUGCUUUUGAAAUUGAUUGUUUGUUUGUUAUUUUGGGAAUUGUUUUAUGAAUUGUGGAUUUAGUUUA